AUUCACCACACGUGCACCAACAGAACAUCGAGAACCCACCAUGGAGGUACAACCAUUUGACCAGGAAGCCUUUGACGCUGCCGCGAAAGAAGAGAGCACUGAUGAAAUUAAGGGUGUUGGCCAAACCAUCCACUGGAGCAAUUGUGAUCGUGCAUUCCAAAAGAAAUGCCAUGGUGGCGUUUGGUUGGGCAUGCCUAAGCAGGGAGGUUGGGUGAAGGUCGAUCCGGGCUUUUCGGUUUAUUUUAUCAGAGGCUCGAAUGGCGAAGUCAGAACAGCGGACGCGGCAUAAGCUCCGUUGUUUUUGAUGGAGAGCUUAGCUCGUAUGAAACAGCACAUGAACUUUUAUAUCCUUGCUGACAAGCGAGAUGUAGAUCUAUGAGAGGCGAGGGGUCAUAAUAUGGCUUUACUGUAGGAAGUCUUGACGGAAGGUUCAGUCAGUGCUCUGCGCAGCUGCAAUGCCAGUUGUUGCUGUCCAUCGUUUCUUUCCAAGGUUAAAGAGGUCACUGCUAUCAUGAGUGAUGAUCUCAGUAUU